GGGGGCUCGGUGCUUCUGCAGUCUGAACAGAAACUGGAUCUCGGAGUACUGCAGUGGUAGCAGUGAGUGAACACACCCUGCGGCAGCCUGCAGAGCAUCCACACACAUACCAACACACACCUGCGCCGGGCGGACUGUCCAGGAGACGCACAGCUGCAGGUAAGAUCAUUGUUCAACGCGUUUCGUCCCGCAGCAGAGAGCGGGACGGGUAACUCCGGACCGGACGGGCUGACAUUGAGGUGUCAUUCAGUGCGGUGAAGGCUCUGCAGCAUGGGGACGUGAUUUAAUAUACGAACUGUUUCUGUUUCAUGGCGGUGCUUCGGGGGAGGUUUCUGAAAAUAUGUGGUCCGGAUGAGUCCCACACGACUCGGCCUGAGUUUGUUUUGCUCCUGCAGCUGAGUCAGACUUUCCGCGGUCCAUUAGCUCCUCCCCGGCCUGCUGCAGCCCACAGGCAUGAUUUCAGACUCUGCGAAUAUCUGAGAGCAAACACUAAACUCUGUUCAUUCUGAGUAUGAUGAACCGCUGCGGCUUGUCAUAUCUACUUGCCACAAAACGGAUAGUUAAAAAACAAUUCAUCUCCAGCUGCUAAUGUCCUUUGCUACAUCUGGAAAAUUCUGCAAGUCAGCACAUGAAUAUUUCACACUUUUUUGGUGUUGUAUUCUUGCAGUAGAAGAAGAAAAAUAUAAAAUAUAACAAAUAUAAAUGUGUUGGUUUGUAGGGUUAUAGUGCGUAAUGAGGGUGAUCUUGCAGACUACUGUCUAAAAACAGAUCACAGCUGCAGCCUGGGAGGAUGAUGCUGCAGAUAUCAAAACCUCCAUUCAACACUCAGAGCAGGGCCUGGUCUCUUCAUAGAGGCCACACAUAAUGAUGAUAAAGUACCAGGUAGGGCUAGGCGAUAAAAUGAUAACAAUAUAUAUCUUAAAAUUAAUUUCCCUCAAUAUCAAUACAAAACAUGGUCAAUAUGCUGUUCAAUAGUCGGCAUUUUGCCAUGUUUUGGUAGACUAUACAAAUAGCCACUGAAAAGGGGAGUUUCUCUGGGUCCACCUUGCGCUGAACCAAUCAUGUGCUGAAUUAGCACUAAGGCUACGUUCAUACUGCAGGUUAUGAUGCACAAUUCAGAUUUCUUGUUAAAUCCAAUCUUUUUGGAUACAACAACGAAUGCGGCAUCUAAUGUAAACAGAAUGCGUACGUGAAGUGACCCGCAUGCGCACAAAGCACAAAUUACUUUCCACGCCUGUUUGUGUUGUCAAACAAUGGUGACGUUUGUUGCAUAUUGAUGACGUAUAGGUAAGCGUCCACACUGCAGUCACAUCGGAUACAUAUCCGAUUUAUAUCCAUAUACAAAAGAGGCCUGAGUUGGAUUUGAAAAAAUCUGAAUUGCACUGUUCACACUUGAAUGAAAAAAUCAGAUAUGUGUCACAUAUGGUUAAAAAAUCGGAAUUGACCUGCAGUGUGAACAUAGCCUAAGUAGCAAACAACUGCGUAGUAGCAGGCUGCAGCUACAUGCAACCAUAGCACUUUAACAGCGCAAUGCCUUACGACGAUAUGCCGAAAGACCUCACAGGUGCAGUAGCCUAUUGUAUUGCAAAAGACAUGCUACCAAUAAGCACAGCUAAAUUUCAUUUUUAUAUCGUGAUAUAUAUCGAGAUGGACUGAUAUGAAAAAAUAUAUUGUGAUAACAAUUUUUCCCAUAUCGCCCAGCCCUAUACCAGGGAUGCGUCCAGGCUCUUAAACUGGGAUGGCCUAGACAGGGCACUGACUUAGACACCAACAGAUUAACCCUUUCUGUCAUAUCUGAUUGUAUCUACAAUAACUCCUCAUAUUAAAACAUUAUACAGAUGUUAUAAUGAUCCAUAUUUUUCAGUCUUUCUGUCAGUGCAGGAACCUGAUCAGGCUGGUCCACCUGGGAAACUCUCUGAGCAUUGGCCCCAGACUCUGAAGGUGAGUAUUCAAACAUCUUUUUUGUUUGACCUCACAAUUUGUACAGUCAGCAGACUUCCUGGACGUUGCUUUGUGCUGGAGGACAGUCUUUAUUUUUUGUAUUCUCACAAAGUAAAAAAAAAAAUAGCCACCUUCAUUUCAGUACUUUUAGCCAUCCAGCCCAUUUUUAAGAUAUCAUAGCUUUAAAUUAGCCCAAAAGCAAAACAAAAGUUGCCUUAGGACACUCUCCAUUAUGGAUUUAAAGACCCAACAGUAAUCCACUAUGAGGCAAAAAAAAACUCCCUUUACUGCCAAAAACCUCCAACAGAACCAGACUCAUAGUGAGCAGACAUCUGCUGUUAUUCACAAAUCAAACUGAGCCGCCUAAGGAAAAAGAUUUAAUGUUUUCUGUUGAUAUUACUGAGAAGUGAAGUGGUCCCAGCAGCAACCCUGUGGAACUCCAUGACUAAACCAGGCAUACAUAAACUCUGACAAACAGGUAUCAACCUGAUGAAAAUGGACUUAAACCAGCCUGUAAUACUGUUGUAUUCCUGUUAACAGCAGGAUGUCUCAGAAUGACAAAGACCCAAUGCCUCCUGUGGGGAAUCUGUCCCCAAGACAACUGCAAAGUCUGCUCAAGAUGGAGCCCAAGACCCUGGGGGUAAGUCUGUGAGCCAAAUGAUGUCUAAGUCUUUAUCUCUCUAAUGGACUCCUGAAAAUUUCUGGAAAAAUAUCACCCACUUUACUAUGCUGUAUGGGUGUAUGUUUGGAAAAGAGCAGAAGACAAAGCAGCUUCAUUACCUGUCCAUCCAUUUGAUCGUCUUCUUGUUGAAGUUUUUGCACAGUCUUUCUGGGUGUAGAUUCUUCCAGUGUUUCCAAACAUGUGAUAGACCCUCAGACUGUCUGCACCAUAAACCUGAUUGAGAGAUGUCCUUUAGGAGCACCAUCUCUGUGUGAAUAUUAUUUUGUUGUGUAUUUCAAUUUGCUGGUCCACAGUCGUAAACGUGUGUUUGAUGUGUGCCGUACGUGGGGUCAGCACUCUAGCAGCACCCUGAAAUGUGACAGCUGUUAACACAUCUGUCGAUCCUAACACUGUUUCCCAUGCAUCCAAACAGGUGUGCUUAUUAUUUCCUUUCCUUUACCUGCCAGGCAAUUCAGCUGGUCAUCGCAGGACUGAUUCUGUGUCUGAGUGCGUCUGUGCUGCAGGUGCAUGAGGUCCACUUCACAGGAGACAUCGCUCUCUUCCUGGUUGUGGUCAUACAGGUAGUUUUUUUUAAUUUUAAUUUUUAAUUUAAUUGCCAUCAAACUGUAUUUCAAAGUAAAUUGUUCCGUGACCCUCCAGGUGACGCUAUCUGGUUCAGUGUUGAUCCAUGCUGGGAGGAGCCCGACCCUGUUUUGGGUGAGUCUCAGGUGCCAAACCAUAACACAACCAGAGCCACACAUCUCAGUCAGAUGUUCUAGGUUUAAUGACUCUGGACCAUGAUCACUCCCAUCUGGCCCUGCAGGUGAAAGUUGUCCUGAUCCUCCACCUCAUCAGUGCUGCCUUCGCCACAGCCGCUCUGGGUCUGAUGUCCAAACACCUGCCGUACCGCCAGGACUCAUACCACUGUGAACACUGCCGCAGGCUGGAGCUGCACGCCGUGGUAAUGUCUCUAAAAGCUGCCUGUUAUUUAUCAUUAGAGUUAAUUCAUCAGACCUGAACGAUUACCAAAGACAAAGCAACACUGAGCAUUAGAUAAGAAACAAACUGAUCAGCGCUAAUGUUUACUUCAAAGUUACAUACAUUCACAAAAAAGGAUAUUAUUGUAUCUAAAGCUGACUGGCCUCAACAAGAAAAGAAAAUUACUGCAAAAUAAAAUUUAUAAAUGUGUCUAGCUUAAAAAGAUCAAUCUGGAUUUGGAGGAUCUGAGUCUUGUCUGGUGCAAGACUGAAACAAUGUUUGCAGGACAGAAAUAUGAUCCUAUAUUGAUAUGAUACACCUGUUUUAUUCAGACUGCAGGCAGGUUUAAAACGUUUAGGCCCUUCUGUAUGUGCACAUGGAAGAUGGACCGAGAAGGAGUGAAAAACUGUCUUGUGGUCUGAUGGAUCAAAAACUAACAGUCUUUUUAGAAAUCAUGGGAAGUAGUGGAAGUAGUGGGACCACCCAGCUUAUUCUCAGCUCCCAGUCCAAAGCCAGCAUCCCUGAUGGUGUUGGGAUCAUCAGAGUCUAUGUCAUGGGUAGCUGUCACAUCUGUGAAGGCUGAAUCUACAGGUUUAGGAGCAACAUCUGCUGCCAUUCUCCCAUUCAGCAGGGAUUACAACAGCAUGUCUCUGUAAAGAGUCCUGCUGCCAAACUGGCCUGCCUGCAGUCCUGACUUUUCCCCCAUAAAAAAAAAAAUAAAGUAAAAAUCAUUUGGAGCAUCAAAAACAGGACAAAGGAGACCUUGAACUGUUGAGCAGCUGAAAUCCUCUAUCAGGCAAGAAUAGGACGACAUUUCACGUUCAGACUCCAGAGCCUGGUCUGCUGGGUUCAUUAAGGUCUACAGAGAGUUGGUGAGAGACAUGAUACUGACAUGUUUCUGGCAUAAAAUUUAAGCAAGCCUAUAAUUUUGAUUAAUGUUGUCUUUGCAUUGUUUGUAAUUGAUACAGACUUUGAAUAAUUUGCGAACCCUCAAAUUCAGUUUUUAGGAAUAUUUCACACAGCUCCCAACCUUUUUGAAACUGGGGUUGUAUUUAGUUUGAAAAAACACAUUUUCAGAGGCUUUAACUAAAGUCUUUUCCGUGAAACAGUCUAAAACACAGAGAUUCUUCUGUUUCUGUAACACUUAGAGAAGAGCAGAAAAAAAUAAAAAUAAGAAAUCAGAAAAUGUUUGAUGAAUGCAGCUCAUAGAACAGGUGAAAUGUAUUUGGCAGUUCAUUUUAAUCAGCUGCUAACCUGACUCACUUCUGCAGCUUCACCUGAAAGAAAAAUAAUACCUACAGAGUUGUAAAUUUAUUUUAUGAAGAAACAGACUCCGUGUUUCUCUGUCUGUCCACUGCAGCAACAUUGUUUCAGGAAAUGCACCGGGCUGAUCGAGCAAAAGUGUAAAGUAAGUGACUGAACGCUGUUAUAAAAAUAUUCUGUCAGAAAGGAUUCACUGAGUCUGAUCAGCACAGCCUAAGUUCAUUCGGAGUCCUCCUCCUCGGUUCCUCACCGGGUUUCCUCAUUGGUUUCAGCUGCUGAUUGACGGGAUCUUGGGGACGCUGGUCAUCUUCCUGGUCCUGGAGCUGUUGAUCUGUAUCACCGUCAUGCUGUUUGGACUAAGCGUCCUCGCUGCAGGUGGAACCAGGGUGAGCUACCUGGGAUAUCUGAAAGCUUUGUUUGACCUGCAGGGGGCAGCAAAGUAUCAAGUCUGUUAAAAGUCUUUCACAUCCUGUCACCUUGAAGGGUGUUGUUUCCUGUUAUAUGGUGGUGUAAAAUUAAAUUAUAUGAGGGAAUGAAAACAGUAUUUUUUCACUGUCCUGGAUUAUGGAGACAGAUUCUUAUUCGUAUUUUUGUGUAUGUCUUGCAGACUUCUACUCAGCGACCCGUCUAUCCACAGAGCCGCCCCCCUGCAGUCACACCUGUUCCAGCUGUUCAGGCUGCCCCACCUGCUCAGGCCAUCUCAGCGGUGUAUGUUGCUCCAGCUGCAGCCGAGCAGACUCAGGUAGACCUCUGACCUCUGACUUUUUACUGAUUCACCAAGUGGAAUGAUGUGGGUAUAAAGCAUAGACUGUAUAUAGAAUGGACAGCGUCUGCCUCCUUGCUGGGUGAAGCCACUCCGAGAACAGCACCCUCUGUUGAUGGGCUGCAGUAAAGCUUAUGGGGCUGUGGACAAAUUUUAAAGAUUUAUUAUACACAACAUACAUUUUUUUUCUCCCCUGCUUGUGAUGUUGACAUGUAGUUAAAGUAAGACUGGUUUGUGCUCAAGUCCUCUUUUUUCUGUACAGCUCCAUUUUUAAAAGUUAUUAGGGGGUUCAUAUUUUCUAUGAUUGACACUUGAUACAGCCUAUGGGUGUACAAAGAUUGCGUAGCUCACCCAGGGGAUACGCUGUUUAAGCCGAGCAUCAUCACAGCGACUUCCCUGCCGAAUGCGUACAAUGCUACUGCUCAAGUGGUGGAGCACGUACAACGCUACUGCGCAAUGUUGGUUUCAGGGAGUGGAGAAAAUCGCAGAAAUACCGCGAGCUUUUCGGCUUCGAAUCCAUAUACUGGCAGAGGGCAGAACCAAGUUGUCCAUAGGAUAUACAGUCUAUGGUAUAAAGACAGAGUGUAGCCUGUAUGUGCUGUGCUGAGCAGAGUAUGCACACUGUGUACCAAAACAUUAGAUUACUUUCGGUGCAGAAAGUUUGUUUCCCUGCAGAGCUAUAAAGUCAAAAGGAGGGCUCUUUCUCAACAGGAUUUAAGGCUCAAAAUGACUUAAAGUUGCCAACAUGUUUGAAAGCUUGCAGCAGGUAAACAGGCUUUCAUGUUUGCAACAAAAUCCUUGUAGGAUAAUCUAACAACAGGAGAAAAAUAGGAAUUUGAAAUGGCAGGAUGCAGGGGUUUCUGGUUUACCUCUGUGUUGAGUGGUUCCAGGCUGUGGUAAACCAACAACUCCUGCUCUCUUCAAACUUCUGUUUUUGUGAUCUGGUGGCAUCCCAGAGAUGCCGUUUUAGUGAUGUACAAUAUUAUUGCCAUGACAUCAGAGUCAGCAGAUAGGGCCUAAAAAGUGAUUCAUUUGUAUGUGAUGUGAAAAGUAUUUUGAGAACUGAAUGUCUAAAGUUAAGGAUAAAAAUGUCAUUUAUAAAGGGCUGAAACACUCUGUGUCUCAUUUAUGUGUCUCUAAAACCAACAGACUGUCACAGUCAGAGGAGCAGCUCGAUAAAGAUGUGUGUCUUAUUGUUGGUCGGGGUAUAAUAUACUGGCAUAUUAGAUCUCAGCAAAUAUCCUGUUGUACCUCCAGAAGCAGUUCAACAUCUUCUAACAUUUUACAUGAUAACAUUCAGUUGAACAAAAAGGUUAAUUUCUCUGUAACCUAAAGACUCUGAAGAAGGAUGACGAUAAUCUGAAGGGUUUGCAAAUUAAACUUCAUCAGUGUCUCCCUCGGGUCAGUCUAAACUGUCUCUGUCUGCAGGUGGAGGUUGUCGUCACUGAACCAGACUCAGACCAGGUGGAAGAUAUCUCAACUCCACCCACUGAGCCUCAAGUGGAGCCAAUAGAGGUUGAAGAUGAGGCUACAAACCCCUAAACCACACACACACACACACACACACACACACACACACACACACACACACACACACACACACACACACUGUUCACUAUCACGUCAUGGUUUAAUCCCCUGUAUUCACACAGCAGCUGUUUCCAGAUUCACACUGCACCUAAAUUUACAUCCUUCUGAUGAUCAUUGCAGAAUAUUAGCUUAACCACUUGAUUACCAACUUACUUAUUGGUCAGAUAUUAAGAUUAGCUCUGGACAAACCAGGAAGGAUUUCAUCAGAGAGCAAAUUUACGACACCAGAGCUUUGAUAUUCCAGGCAAAGAGUAAUAAAUGUGCACAUUUAAAUGACAAAUGAAUAAAUUUAAUAAUUAAACGAUCAAGUAAUAGAGGUGCAAGGUGAAAAAAAAAGUUAAAAAAUACCCCUAAAUCAACAAGGAAAGAGGUUAGUUAGUUAAUGGAAAAGUCUGAGAUCUGUGAUAAAAGUUUAAAAGUUAUAAAUGUACAGCUGGAAUUGAAAAAUUAACAAGAUAAAUGUUAAAAAUGCAAGUAUAAAUUAAGAAGAUUACAGUUUUAAAAUUACAGUAAAUAAGCUGUAAAUUUAAAUGUACCUGAAUAAUAUUCUAAAUUCAUGAAAAAAGCAGAAAUAACAAGAUCUAUGUAUUGUAUAUGUAUUGAUUUACUCAAGGAAACUUUAAAGAGGACUGGACUAACAUGAGGGAGAGUUAAGGCGGGCAGGACCCAUCUGAGGGGUUGAAGGGUUUUUGGGGAUUCACACUUAAUGACUGGAGGAGGCUGAGCUGUGCCCUCCAUAUUCAUGUAACAGUGAUUAAAAUCUGGCUUUCUCAAUAACAAUAAAAGUUUCAGUUUCUUUAUCUGGCGGGAUAUCAGAAGAAACAGCUGCUGUGUAAAUAUCUGUUUAAGGGUGAACUCAUCUUUUGUGCCCCAUGCUGGUCACUGAAUGAAUAACUUAGGGGGCAGCAGACUGAAGUCAAAGUGGACUCCAGGACAUUGAUGUUGUUUUUAUAAAACCUGACAUGACAUAAAGACAGAGACAUACAGCACAUACUGAUGAAAUUAUUUUACAAAGGAGUGUCUGUUAAAAAUAUUUAUAUCUACUAAAGGUAAAGGUAGAGAAAUGAAGAAACAGAGAGCCACCGGACAGUAACAUGUUUCUCACUAUAGAGCGUGUAGCUUAUAUUCACUUCCCUGUAAUGAAUGUCCACGCUGUAUUGUUUAGACAGAAGGCAGAGUUAAUCCUGUUUUACUUGGUGCUGUUCAGCCUCUAGAUGUCUUAAUCCUGGAUAAAACACACUUGAUUCUUAUUGUCUGGUUAUAAAUUGUCCUUUUUCCAAUGAAGUCAGACCAACAACACUAAUAAGAGUUUCAGAGCUGUUAUUUUCAGACUGAUUAAUAUUGCUGUGGUUCAACCUAACAAGAGGACAGGCCAGCAGACUGGGGCUGAGCUCACACGAAAAUCACAUGUAUAAUCAAAAGUAUUUUCUGUGGCAGACAUCACCUCUCAAACUAAGAGGACUUUUCUAUGAUUUUUACUCUGUAUAUCAGUCAAACCUGUGGGCCUGGGUGGCAUGGAUCACAGUGUUUUCCUGCUCUGGGUUGUCAGUGUUACUUGUAGAAACCACAGGAUGGCAUGGUUUAUGAAUGUAUUUCAAUCACAGAAAAUAAAGUUACCAAAAAAUGAACCAAAGAGCUCUA